CCUUCACAGUCAACCAACAUGAAGACUGUUAUUUUCGCCGUCGUUGUGGCCGUGGCCGCCGCCGCCCCCCAGUACGGCGCCCCUCAGGCUCCUACCCGCUACGGUGGCUCCAGCGAGGAGGUGCCCAUUAUCAGGCACGAUUUUGUGCAGGGGGAUUAUGGCGGCUACAAACUUGACGUGGAGACUGGCAACGGCAUCGUGGUGUCAGAAGCUGGCGCUCCAGGAGCCUCUGGCGCCAUCGCCAGCUCUGGCUCUUACUCCUACACUGCUCCUGACGGCACUCCCGUCCUCGUUAAGUUCGUCGCCGACGAGAACGGCUACCAGCCCCAGUCUGACCUGCUGCCAGUGGCUCCUGCCUUCCCCCACCCAAUCCCCCAGUUCGUGCUGGACCAGAUCGCCUUCGCUGCUGCUGAAGACGCUGCUGCCGCCCGCGGCAAGACCUCUGGUCCCUCCGCCAGCUAUGGUCCUCCCCAGUAACUUGCUAAUUAAUGAGACGCUCGUCCGUAAAGUUAACAGUUAAGACAUCUUUGGAAACGCUCCGUGAACUAUUUAUGACCGUUAAUGGUAAUUUUGUAAGUUAAAUAAAUAUGUUUUGAACUCUA